AUGCAAUUCGCCUGUGAUUCUGAGAGAAGAAUGAAUGGUCAUGUAAAGAGUAUGCGCUUUCAACAGUUUAUGGAACCAGCAACAACGUUACUCUCUCUCCUGCUGGUUAUGGCUGUGGAUUCAACAAGAAUCGUGGCCGCUAGCAGAAACCAGCAGUGUGGGACUUCUCUGCAGCAGACUUUGAAGCUAACCAGACUCGUACAGAAGGAAUCUAUCAACCUAAUCAAAACAUAUAAAGCCUCUCAAGGAGAAAUGUCAGAGCUCUUCUGCAAGGUUUCAGUUAACAACGUCCCUGACCCCAACAUCUCGGGCCUGGAGCCCUCAGAGAGGCUCCUGAGCAUCUACACACAUCUCCAAGACUUCUUCCCGCAUUUCAAACGGGUCUACGAGCAGCAGACGGACUUACAGUCACCCGCGAGCCCGCUGCUGAGAGAGCUCAGCCAUGUCAGCGCGAGCAGCAGGAACCUGGCCGCCCUCAUUACCAGCUUGUAUCAGAGCCUCUUCCCCAACCUGCCAGUGCCAGAGCCAGCAGGGGGGCCGACAACACUACCCCCACCCCAGAACGUCUUCCAGCAGAAGGUCUACGGCUGUGUGGUCCUGAAGACCUACAAGGAGUUGCUGUCAAAUGUUUCUCGAGAACUGAGGACUCUAAAAAGCAAAGUUUGCAGGAGGAUACAAAUAAACACACUCUUCUGAGGAUGACCUGAGGCGGGUCUAGAGACAGUCUGUUUUCAAUGGCAGAAUUAAAGACUUGAAAAGAUAAGUGAGUAUAAAGGUGGCUGGUACAUCAGUGUAAUUUGGCCUAUUUAUGGUAUUUAAUUUAUAUAUAUAUAUUUAUUUUUUUGUUUCCAAUAAGAGGAAAGCAGUCAAAAGAUCAAGAGUGUGUUAUGUAUAUUUAAUUUGUAUUCUAUGUUGUGUAAGGUUCUACUUCACUGGUGUAUUAUUAUGAUAAUUAAAAGAUAUUUUGCAACUGUA